CCGGUCUCCCCGGCGUGAUUGGUGCGCCCCGGGUGACGUCAGGAGCAGCCCGCCCCGGCCUGGAUGGUGCGCCCUGAGUGACGUCAGGAGCAGAGCCCGGAGCUGUCCAUCAGCACCAAAGGCCGCCGGCGGGCUCAGGGCAUGGGGCCGCGGCUCCGGGGUAGCCCGAGCUCCUGCCGCUCCCUCUCCCUUCCCCGGCUUGCCUGGACACCGCGAGACUGGAGUGCCAGCCGGUGUUGGAGGCGGAGCGGAGCCGCCGUCGCGCAGAGAUCCGUCUCUCUGGCCCAGCAGCCCCCUUCCUCACACGGAAGACUUUGCCCGGACCCCUGGCAAUUGGAGCCUCUGGCAUCCUGCAACCUCCCUCCCCACUUCCCGCCCACCCGGGGCCUCUGUCGCCCAGCAGCUCAGGUCGCCUCUAGCCCAGGUUGACUUGGGAGGGUGACCCCCCCCCCAUUCCCUUCCCAGCAGUAUGCCAGGCACUAUGGAUACUCUGCGGUUCCAGCUGUUGCCCCCCGAGCCAGAUGAUGCCAUGUGGGGUGCACCUUGUGAGCAGCCCCUGGAGCGCAGAUACCAGGCACUGCCUGCCGUCGUAUGCAUCAUGUGCUGUUUGUUUGGAGUCGUCUACUGCUUCUUCGGUUACCGCUGCUUCAAGGCUGUGCUCUUCCUCACUGGGCUGCUGUUUGGCUCAGUGAUCAUCUUCCUACUGUGCUAUCGAGAGCGGGUGCUGGAGACGCAGCUGAGCGCUGGGGCAAGCGCGGGCAUCGCGCUGGGCAUCGGGCUGCUCUGUGGGCUGGUGGCCAUGCUGGUGCGCAGCGUGGGCCUCUUUCUGGUGGGGCUGCUGCUCGGUCUGCUGCUGGCUGCUGCCGCCUUGCUGGGCUCUGCACCCUACUACCAGCCAGGCUCCGUAUGGGGUCCCCUGGGGCUGCUGCUGGGGGGCGGCCUGCUCUGCGCCCUGCUGACGCUGCGCUGGCCCCGUCUACUCACCACACUGGCCACUGCCGUGACCGGAGCCGCCCUCAUUGCCACUGCUGUGGACUAUUUCGCUGAACUGCUGCUGCUGGGGCGCUACGUGGUGGAGCGGCUGCGGGCUGCCCCUGUGCCCCCCCUCUGUUGGCGGAGCUGGGCCUUGCUGGCACUCUGGCCCCUGCUCAGCCUGAUGGGCGUUCUGGUGCAAUGGAGGGUGACGACUGACAGGGACUCCCACACAGAAGUGGUCAUCAGCCGGCAGCGAAGGCGGGUGCAGCUGAUGCGGAUCCGGCAGCAGGAAGAGCGCAAGGAGAAGCGCAGGAAGAAGAGACCCCCUCGGGCUCCCCCCAAAGGUCCUCGGGCUCCUCCAAGGCCUGGGCCCCCCGACCCUGCGUAUCGACGCAGGCCAGUACCCAUCAAACGCUUCAAUGGAGACGUCCUCUCCCCGAGCUACAUCCAGAGCUUCCGGGACCGGCAGACGGGGAGCUCGCUGAGCUCCUUCAUGGCUUCGCCCACAGACACAGACAAUGAGUACGGGUCCCGGGGCCCACUGACAGCCUGCUCAGGCCCCCCCGUGAGGGUGUAGCUGCGCUCCUGCUUCUGAACUCUACAGUCACCAGCUCUGCCAGCUUGGAGAGGCCUGCCAGGCCACUACCCAGGCUGCCCAGCCCUGUGGCCUCUGGUUGUCCCUCCCACCUCUCUGGAGAGGGCAGGCCUAGCCACCAGAAGGGAGGCUGUGUCUCAGGCUAAGCCCGGCCUGGGAGAAAAGCUCCCAUCCAAGCUCCGAGGGAUCCUGAGGGACACGGGGUGUGAACCCCACUGGGGCGUGCUCAGGGUUGUGUGUCGCCUGUACAUGUGCGUGAGAGGGCAGGCUCGGAGGGGACACUGAGAUCCCUGCCUUCGCUUUCCGAUCUGUAGGGCUUCUCCAGGGCCAGUCGCCCUCCUGUCCCAUGGCUGGAGUCUCACAGGCCACUCUCCUGCAUGUCUGUGUGGAGGAGGUCUGCCUGCAUUCCCCACUGCUCUGUCUUUAUCCAUGGGGGCAAAUGACAGCACUUCUCCCCCUAGUCUCCUGCCCUCUGCAAAGCCACCAGCCUGAGGGCAGCAGCAGGGGGUAGGGGCGGGGCUAGAUGCUCUGGGCUGCGUUGGGGAGGAGGGCGGAGGGAGAAGGGCUUAUAUGCACGGCGCAUGUCUGGUGUCUGUCAUGCCACCCUAGACACCUCAUGCUUCUGUCUCCUCCCACCCCACCCUGUUUUACAUCUUUUAUAAAUGUGCCAAACUGUG